CCACAUCUCACCCAUCUGCCAGAGACACCACCACGCAGCACUUACAAACCAAAAACCCAAGUCCCAGACACCUACAAGAAGUCAUGUCUUCCCAAAUCCCCCAAUACCUCUUCGCCCUCCAAUCCCUCCCCCUCCUCGGCAGCGGCCUCUACACCCUCCUUUUUCCCGCUUCCGCUGCGCAAUCACCAUACCUGCCGCUGCGGGGCGUCAGCGUAGGGACUAUUCAGGCGAUGAGUCUUUCCUCCUUGACACUGGGUACUUUCUACGCUCUCGUCGCCUAUCAGAAUAACAUCCCAAUGAUGGCGGCUACGAUACCGACCAGGCUUUUGGCUGCGGUGGUGUUUUAUCGGACGGGUGAGGAGGCGUGGAAACGAGUCGCGCCUUUUGAGGCGGUGAUGGGGGUUGUGACUGGUUUGGGGGUUUGGAUGUGGGGGUAGUGUGUAGCCGCGGCGUCUGCUGAUGGAUGUAAAGUGGAGAGGAUGAAAUGGAUUGGCAGAGUAGAUGCUUUCACAUCAGACAGACUGUGAACUUUUCCUUGUCUUGGUGGUUUGAAUAGCUACUCAACACAAUGCAGCCUACUAUGAAGUAAUUCAGCGUUUGAUCUGAAGUAUUGAUUGUCGCAGAUUCAAUAGAGUCAUAUCAAGGAUCCAGGUCUAGACCGGGCCAGUCAAUCAAUCCCACCAGUGGUCUCAAUCUUUAG